AUGGAGAAGCAAUGUAGUCGGAUGUCAUACAAAGACCCUAAGAAAAGGUCUGCGAAGGUGUCAUUGCCUUCUAUUCCACUUCAGACUCUUCUGACAGUGGCUACCAAGCAGCGCGAGCAAGUAAACAAGACACAUGACAAACGAGAUCUCGAGGGGAUAUAUGUGUAUCACAACUAUAUGCAACGUCUGCGGCGACUCCAUCAAAGUUACGUCAAAAAAUGCAAGUACGUGCAGCCACAGCGUCAGCAGCAGCAGGAGCAGCAGCACCACCACCACUACCAGCAGCAGCAGCAACAACAAAAACAACAUUGUAGUCAGCUGGAGCCUCUGCGAAACUCUCAUCAAAAAUUAACGACGAUCAGCGGAGCUCAAUUCAGAUUGUCCCUGAGCAGAAUUCCGCAGAAUUCUUCACAACCUUCUGAUCAAGUCCCAGGUCCUCGAGGAAGCGAAACUGUCUCUAGCACUGCGCCACAAGACUUGGAAGCUAAAGAUGAUAAAGAUGAAUUUAAAGAUUAUAAAUAUGAUGAAGGAGCAAAACUGGGUAGCAGUCAGCGCCCCAUCUACAUUCCUUGUGGCCGCGAGCCCAACCCAUUGUAUUUGCGACAGCAACAAGAGCAGCGGCAACAGUUGACGAAAAAGACGCCCAGAAAAAUUGACCAAUCUGGUACCCUGAGUUUUCGAAUGUGGAGACAUCUCUAUCAACAGCACAGAACUAUCUAUUCCUCUUGAGUCAAAGUGUAAUGCAUCUUAUCUGCAAGGUUUUAUACAUUUCGAAAAAUCCAUCUGCGGGGACUACUUUGGGCAAGAGAGCAAGGAAAACAGAAAUAAAAACAGCUAGAAGAAUGUAACACCUUGAAUUCCUGUCGGACAUUAUGGGUUUUAGUUGUAUACUAGUAACUGUACAUCAAUAGUAGUAAUGCAGCUUACUGUAAAACGCAUGUACCACCCUU